AUGCCCAUCCAACGCGUAACAAUGUUCAAAGUGCCCAACGAAGCAAACCACCAACCCCUCCUCGACGCCUACAAAACCCUCGAGCAAUCCCAGCAAAAAGACAACAAGCCCUACAUCCUCGAAAUCAAAGUCUCCCCCUCGCUCUCCGGCGAGCGCGGCAAGGGCUACAACUUCGUCGCCAUGACGCGCUUCCGCAACCUCGAGGACAUGAAGUACUACGACGAGGAGUGCGAGGCGCACAAGGUGCUGAAGCGCGUGGCGAACCCGCUGGUGGAGCAGCCGUGGCAGCCGCCUUUGACGGUGUUUUUCGAGGAGAAGUGA